GGUCUUCUUGGCAAAGCCCCCUCCCUCCCGCUCCAUCCCCAUGCGCAACCAUGGCCGGCGGCGGGGCUGUAGCAGCUUCUUGGCCGGCCUCUGCCGCUCUCGCUGGAUGAGUAAGAGGCCGCUCUGUCUGGGUCGGCGCGGGGAUCAUGGGUGGAGAAGGCGCAACCGGGACAGGUCUGAGCAGAGCCCGGCGGAGCGGCAGAGAAGAAGGAGGCGCCCCCCGGGGGUAGGAGGGGAGCCGGGAGAGAACCUGAGCUCAGACACGCCAGAAGAGAAGCCCAGCCCAGCCCAGCCGCGGGCCAGCCGCCCCGCCGGCAGCGCAGCAGACCCGCCUCGACCCCCGCCUGGCCGGACUCUGCAGUGCCCCUGCCUCGACGCCCCGUCCAUGCCGCUCUCCCGGCCACUGGCGGCUCCCUGAGCCCGGAUCCCCUUCGAUGUCGGGUCCCCGGAGCGCCUUGCAGGCCUGGUGCCGCCGCCAGUGCGAGGGCUACCCCGGCGUGGAGAUCCGAGAUCUCAGCAGCUCCUUCCGGGACGGCUUGGCCUUUUGCGCCAUCCUCCAUAGGAAUCGACCUGAUUUGCUGGAUUUCAACACACUUUCUAAGGAAAAUGUUUAUGAAAACAACCAACUGGCAUUUCAGCUGGCUGAGCAAGAGCUGGGGAUCCCUGCCUUGCUGGAUCCCAGUGACAUGGUCUCCAUGAAGGUCCCGGACUGCCUGAGCAUCAUGACUUACGUGUCUCAGUAUUACAACCAUUUUAACAACCCCAGCCAAGUUAAGAGCUCCAAAGUGGCAUUCUCCAGAGUACCCCCACCUAUGAAACACCCAGUGGUUGCCUCUGCACCUUCUUUGCCAGUUCACCAGGCUGCAUCCGAGACCUCGCUGGCAUCUCAGGACGAUGUCACAGAAGGCCUGGCUGAGCAAUCUCAGCACAACACCCUCAGUAGCACAUGUUCAGUUUGCCAACAACAUGUUCACCUGGUCCAGCGCUAUCUGGUGGAGGGCAAACUUUAUCACCGUCAGUGCUUCAGGUGUAAGGAAUGCUCCAGCACACUUCUUCCGGGAUCUUACAAGUCUGGACCAGAAAUGGGCACAUUUGUGUGCACCCAACAUCGUGGCAAGCGGAGCCUGAGCAAGAGAACAGAGGGCAGCCCCAGCCCCGAUCUUAUUCAUCCAAGGAAGAGGAGUGAGGCUGAGACCGCAACUGCUAGCAAGGAGGAAGAGAAUGGGGUAUUGGAGAAUCACGCGUCAGCUACUGAUGAGACGGUGGAGAGAACAGUGGAUGGAGUGGCCAUGGAGGUUCUGCCUGCCCAACCCAAGAAGGAAGCAUUCCGCUCCAUGCCCGGCUUUGACCUCGGUCCCCAAACGCCUCCCAAGCCUCCUGUGCCAACCAAACCACCUCUGCUGAGCCAGGAUAAAGCCAACCACCAGCAUGGACAACGCAAGGAGACUCGACCCACCCCUGCCCCCAGGAAGGCUACAGACACGGCACCCCUGUCUCCACCCAAUUCCCAUCCUGUUCCAAAGCCCAGAGCCAAUAUGCAGAACGAGGGAGCCUGUGAACUGGGUUCGGGCAUCGUCAAUGGUGGGACUCCUGGGCCUGGGCCUCCUGUUCCAAAGCCCAGAGGCAGACCAAGUUCCUCAGACCGUGCUGGAGAAACGCCAAGAGGAAAGGACCCUCCAUGGAUUGCGUUGGUCCAAACAGAGUCCAAGAAGAAGCCUGCUCCUCCCCCACCCGGCAGUAGCAAAGAAACCCCACCAAGAGCUUCUGAAGAGGAAGAAAAUGGAGAAGAGGCAGCCGGGGAGGCAAGAGGCAGAGAGAGCAGGACCCGGGAGCGAAAACCCUACAACCCCUUCGAGGAUGAGGAUGCGGUUGCAGAGGAGGAAACUAUCACUCCACCAGCCACAUGGCAGCCAGAUCAGAGCGAAACCACCCCCAAGGUCCUCCAUCCCUGGUACGGCAUCACACCGACCAGCAGCCCAAAGACAAAGAAGCGGCCAGCUCCAAGGGCUCCCAGUGCCUCCCCACUUGCUCACCACCCCAUCUCCAGGCUUUCCCAUUCAGAGCCGUCUUCCUCAGCCCCGUCUCCUGCCCUCAGCCUGGAGAGCAUCACAUCCGAGUGUUUGACCAAGACCAACGGUGACCUGGAUGAGACCUCUGUGCCCAAGAGCUCCUCGGAGCCAACGGUCCAUGCUCCCGCAGCUUCCACAGUCUCCUGCUCAGGCCCUCCGUUUACCAGCCCCUCGUCCAGUGAGAUCCCUGCUGCUGUGCCCAGCUGCUCCACUAACUCCUCCUUUUCAUCAUCUAGUGAUUUGGCAGCCUACAGCAACGGAACAAAUUUACAGGCUACCAGAAGCUGUUCAGCUGGGAGCUUGAAAAUUAGCCCAGGGCGCAUGUCUCCCAAGCCUCCUCCUGGUGCUUCUCCAACCCCCAUCCUCACGACAACUGAUCUGAGUGGGACUGUUAGGAAUUCUCCUUCUCCCAAGGCACAGCAGAAGUCUUCAUGUAAAGAGAAUCCCUUCAACCGGAAGCCAUCCCCUGCUACUUCCCCUUCAAUUAAGAAGACUCCAAAGGGACCCAAGCCAGCGAGACCUCCUGCUCCAGGACACGGUUUCCCUCUCAUCAAGCGGAAGGUUCAGUCAGAUCAAUAUGUCCCAGUGGAAGAUAUUUAUGGGGAGAUGGACGGCAUUGAGCAGCAGCUGGAUGAGCUGGAGCACCGAGGAGUAGAACUGGAGAAAAAGCUCCGCAGCAUGGAGAAUGAUGCUCCUGAAGAUGGCCUGCUGGUAGACUGGUUCAAACUCAUCCACGAGAAACACAUGCUGGUACGCCGUGAGUCUGAGCUCAUCUACAUUUUUAAGCAGCAGAACUUGGAGCAGCGUCAGGCAGAUGUGGAGUACGAACUCCGGUGCCUUCUCAACAAACCUGAGAAAGAGUGGACAGAUGAGGACCGAGCGAGGGAGAAGGUGCUGAUGCAGGAGCUAGUCACCAUAAUCGAACAACGGAAUGCCAUUGUCAACUGUUUGGACGAGGACCGGCAAAGGGAGGAAGAAGAGGACAAAAUGUUAGAAGCCAUGAUUAAAAAGAAAGAAUUUCAGAAGGAAGCAGAGGCUGAUAGCAAGAAGAAAGGAAAAUUCAAGCCCAUGAAAGUGUUGAAACUACUUGGGAACAAGCACGAGUCCAAAAACAAAUCUCCCAAGGAGAAAAGCUAGAACAGGUCGGAGCUGGAAGGAUGCUGCAGUGACCCUCUUUGGCUGGCACUUGGCAAAUUGGACUUCUGCAUCCUGCCCUUUUUUAGAAGCUGUGCCUCAUUGUACACCAAAUCUGGUUGUUUCCAGAGGAAUUCCAUCAGCUUCCAGCCAUAGACCCUCCUUUGCCUAGUAAAGGCGGCAGGCACAGCAUGUCCAAUCUGCACUGAAGACUCCCGAGGGACAGACUGGAGGAGAGAGCUGCUUUACUCUUCAGCUUCAGGGUGGGAUGGAGGGAAGUGAAAUUGCUUUAGACUUCCUCAGUGGUGCAUAUGUUCUUCAUUAUUAAUGGUUCUCAGCAGUACAGCAUUUAGGUGUCUGGGAAAUUUGCACUAAUUGUUGCCCUUCUGUAACUGUGAUAGUCACAUGUGCCUCAAGCCUUUCACUUCUGGGCGGGGAUGGGGGGCUUUCCAUUGUCCUCAGACACCUGCUUUCAUACAGAAAGCUCUUCUCUUUAUCCCAGCUUGUCAAAAAUCCUGCUUUGAUCACUUGAAACAUUGGGCUUUGAGAGUAGGAUUAUUUUAUUUUUAUUGGCAUAAACUGUUAAACCAGGGAUCUCUCUCAAGGGCUUAUAGAAACAGGCAAAAACCUAAUAGUGUCCUAUUUCUGGUAGCCUGCCUUGCCUAUGAAGGGGAUGUCUCUGAAUGCUGGAUGUCUUGGAAACUGUUCAGUGAAGCAAGGAGGGAAGCAUUGGUGCUGGUCAUGCACUGUGCUCCUCAGGGGACAAGACAGGCAGAGGAAAGGCCACACGUUCCUUGCCCACAGCUAGGGCAUAGGAGGAGGAGGUCAAUGCCAACGAGGUUUCCAUUUUGCCUUGCCCACCAGUGCCACCCUGUAGCCCAGCUGGGAGGCAUCUCAGCUGCUCCACCACCACACUGGUCUGUACAUACUUUUCUAAGCAUGCAAGGGGGUCUCUUAGCUGAAUGUCAAGUCCCCACACCCCUUUGUGCUUUGUUUUAUUUUGUGUGUGCGCGCACACAUGCUUUUGUAUGUGUUGGGGGAAGAGAGGGAUGUUCCCUCCUCCCUUCCUGCCUUCUCCUCUCAACCAAGGAAUUAUUUAUUAAAAUGUUUGUUUUGUCUGAGUUAGACACUGGUAGUAUUGAAAGUGUUGGUUGGUCAGCAAUUAGCCUUGAGUUCUUGUUAACAGAGGAGUCUACCAGCCCAGAGCAAAUUGCUGUGCUGCCUUAUCCAGAUGCAUUUAAGCUUUUCUUUUUAACCAAUCUUUACCAGCUGCUGGGGGGGGGGGGGGGGACUGCUGUCAGACCCAGUUGGAGCCACAUUCUCAUUCCCUUCAAGUGAAUGCCAUCAAGAUCCCGCAGCAAAGUCACUCCCAGUUUUGAUCCCAAAGCACAACUUCCCCUCUGUAAAACAAGGCAAACUUGAACUAUUAAAAGGUACCAGGUUGACUCCCGUCCGAAAUCCUCUGGCCUUAAUGGACAUUAUUACACUGUAUUAACCACGAUCUCCACUGACCUACAGGAAACUAAAAUUAAACACAGCCGUUGCAUUUA